AUGUCAGUGCUUGCCCUGCUGGCUGGCAAGAGAUCUUUAUCUCUUUUGAAUAUGAAAAAAAUAGUUAAAGACUUCCAGAUGAAUCCCAGGAUUCUGCACCCUAGGCUUAUAGAAGCGGGAGAUACCAAUUGGAAUUCCUAUGAAACGACAAUGAUGCAUGUGUACACCCCUAAACGAAUAGAAGUUCCUGACCCAAUUCGUCAUAAUGAUUUCAAAAGGUUAGGAUAUUCAUACAAGCUCAAUGAUCCUAUCGGCAACCAAACAGUAUACAAUGAACAGUAUGAUUGGAAACCGUACUCUAGAGAAGAAAUGAUAAAUACUGCAACAUCUUUGGAAGGUAUCAUCAAUAGGCCCCAUCCUAGCAAGGAAUUUAUGAUCUGGAAACUACCUCGGCAAUUUUCAAAUAUGCAAUCAGACUGUGCUUCUCCAUGGAGAAUUCCUGCUACACUCAAAGAAAUUCGUAAAGCAAUAGCAGAUCAGUAUACCUCUAGUUUCCGAGAAGACUACUUGGACAAAUCAAAAUUAAUAAAACUGAAACAAACUAUACAAGUGCCUCUUGAUUGGAAAAAAUUACUUCCUCGGCGUCUAGAAACUGAGUUUAGGCGUAAUUUCCAAGUCCCAGUGAAGAUACCUGAAUUACGAGACUUGACUUUCAGAUAUGGUUGUAAUGCAUCAUUACCAAUUGCUGCUUAUGGACCUGUUCCUUCUGUUCUGCUUAGUCACAUUUGGAAUCAAGAACAUUCAAAGAAACAGAGUACAUAUGAAAGACAUUAUGGAAAGGAGUAUUUAGAUUUUGUAAUGAUUUUGAAUUCUCUCAGUGAAACUGAAAUCAAGAAAUACCUUGAGAAAGUUCCAGAGAAUGAAAGAAAAAUUCUUCAGAGCUUCAUUAAUGAAAAUUACAAUAGUGGCAACAAGCAUAAAUAA